CUGUAUACUCUCCUCCUCCUCCUCCUCUGCGCUGUGUUUUCUUUCCCCACCUCUCCUCCUCCUACCUCCUACCCUCCCACCUACCUCUCCCCCUCCCCUGAUCCCUCCUCCUUCAUUCCCCAAUUGAGUCGACGCCACGGGAAGCACCUGCUCCGCACCCGCGAUCGUGUCUCCUCGUCUGGUCUUGCCCCGAUCCAGCAAAUUCCCCUCUUUCUUGCUCUUGCCGCGGCGGAGCAGCCCCCGUCGGCGACAGGAGGAGAGAUUUUCGGAGCUGAGACUCGGAGCUUCCGUCUCCUUCCUCGUGCUUGGAUUGUUCUUGCUUCUUGCCGAGGGUAGCGCAGGCUGCUAGGGUUGCUCGCUUGAUUCUUUGCUUGUGCGGUACAUAGAGUACGUAUCAUGAGAAGAUGAUGCGCGCCAAGGGCAAAGCUACAUUCUUGGACGCCAUGAAGGAGACCACCUCCCCCGUCUCCCCCGCCGCCGCGGCCAAGGAGGCGCUCAAGGAGGACGAGUGGGAGGUGCGGCCCGGCGGGAUGCUGGUGCAGAAGCGCGACCCGGGCUCCGACGCGCCCGCGGGCGCCCCCGUGCCCACCAUCCGCCUCAAGGUCAAGUUCAACGCCGUCUCCCACGAGAUCUACAUCAGCUCCCAGGCCUCCUUCGGCGAGGUGAAGAAGAUGAUGUCGGAGAAGACCGGCCUGCACCACGAGGACCAGAAGGUGCUCUACAAGGGCAAGGAGAUGGACUCCAAGGCCUUCCUCGACAUGUCCGGCGUCAAGGACCGCUCCAAGCUGGCGCUCCUCGAGGACCCCGACGCGCAGGCCAAGCGCCUCAUCGAGCAGCGCCGCGCCGACAAGGCGCACCGCGCCUCCAAGUCCGUCUCCCGCAUCAGCCUCGACGUCGACAAGCUCGCCACCAAGGUGUCGGCGCUGGAGGCCAUCGUGCGCAAGGGCGGGAAGGUGGUGGAGGCCGACGUGGUCGCCCUCACCGAGGCGCUCAUGACGGAGCUGGUCAAGCUGGACGCCAUCGCCGCCGACGGCGAGGUCAAGGCGCAGCGGCGAUUGCAGGAGAAGCGGGUGCAGAAGUACGUGGAGACGCUGGACGUCAUCCGCGCCAAGAACGCGGCGGCGCCCAAGGCCAACGGCACCGGCAAUGGCCAAGCCAAGGGCGACCGGUCGCUGCACCUGCCGCCGCGGCCGCCGCCCGUGUCGCAGCGGCGGCAGUUCAAGCAGCAGCCCGCGCCGGCGACCGGCAAGGCGGCGGCGGCGCCGCCCACAGCGAGCUGGGAGACGUUCGACCUGCUGUCGUCAAUGCCGUCGACGUCCUCGGCCACGGCGACCACCACCAUGGCGGCCGCGACGACCACGACGAAGCCGGCCAGCAACAACAACAGCACCUCGCCGAUCCCGCGGUUCGACUGGGAGCUCUUCUAGCCGCGACGCGCGUACCGCCCGUGACGGCGGCAUGGUACAUGCCUCUGCCUAGUUUGAUUCCUUUCUCGUGCGUCCAUCCAUCAAUCGACCUCUCUGCCCUGCUCUGCUCGAUCCGAUCCGACCAAUCUAGUGCCGAUUGUUUGCUCCGUCUGUUUAUUCUUUCCUUUUUCUCGAUGGUUUCUUCUUGCACCUCCAUUUUUCUUUUACAUUUGUUCCGAGUGUAUGUAUGUAUGUAUGUACAUCAAACAACACAAGAUGAACAGGCCCUGGCCGGUGAAGUGGCGAGCGUGUUCGUCCAUUCCGUCCCGUCCGUGCAGAGAAUAAGCGCCGGUGGUGGUCUUAAUGUGAAGGAUUUUUCAUGGCACAACCAACAUAUAUGGAAAUAGCAUGUAUAUGUGAUUCAUACC